AUGUGUAUUGCUCCCAUUUCGGGCCUAAGAUAUCAGAGAAAUCCCUUCAACGGACACUCAAGGAGGCAAUGCAAAGAGGAAAACUCGCAGACAGCAACAGGGACUAAAGCCGCGUCAAAUUCACAGUCGACGGGAUUCGGUUCCUCUCAAACCCAGGCCAGGAGCGAGCGAGUGCGCUUUACUACUGGGGACAACGUGGAGGGGGUGGGAAAUGAUGUCGCGGCCCGCCUAGAGCGACGGACAGGAAAAAUGAGGGAACACCCCGAGGAAACCAACGAGAAAGGGGGAAAGGGUACGAGCUCCCGCCUCGCCUCUACUUCGGCCGUCGUCUCCAUUCCACCAACCCCACCUUCCGUACCAUUUACAUGGAACCGCACCCUCACUCAGCCACCAUCGUCAUCUCGCGGUCCUCCCUCGUCCCGCAGUGCUUCAUCAUCCCGACUGGAGCCCAGUGUCGCAACUCCGCCCCCUGCCAACCCUACUAGCACUCGUGUGGACCACGACGAUGCCUGGGAUGAGGAAUGGUUGCGAGAACUCCUUCGGCGUCACCGCUUCGAGUGCGACAUAUUGGUAAACGCCUUGCGGGUAGCACAGGUUCAUCGGAUUCACAUUGAACACAUGAUGCACAGCAACGGCUAUGGGUUGGAAAAAAUUGAAGGGUGGCUGAGGAAGGCUCUUCCUGAUCACCUGGCCGAUAGUUAUGUUUUAACUCUAGUGGAAAUCAUCUGGGAGGAGAAGCUCAAGCUCAACUCGGAGUAA